UAACCGCAGGGGCGGGGCGGCCUUCUACACAUGCGCCGCGUCGGGCGGCCCCUCUUCCUUCUCGCCGAGCGCCGCCAGCAUGGUGUUCAGGCGUUUCGUGGAGGUUGGCCGGGUGGCCUACGUCUCCUUUGGGCCUCAUGCCGGAAAGCUGGUCGCGAUCGUAGAUGUUAUUGACCAAAACAGGGCCCUGGUUGAUGGACCCUGCACUCAAGUAAGGAGACAGGCCAUGCCUUUCAAAUGCAUGCAGCUCACCGACUUCAUCCUCAAGUUUCCGCACAGUGCUCGCCAGAAGUAUGUGCGACAAGCCUGGCAGAAGGCAGAUAUCAAUACAAAAUGGGCAGCCACGAGAUGGGCCAAGAAGAUUGAAGCCAGAGAAAGGAAAGCCAAGAUGACAGAUUUUGAUCGUUAUAAAGUCAUGAAGGCCAAGAAAAUGAGGAACAGAAUAAUCAAGCUUGAAGUUAGGAAGCUACAAAAAGCAGCUCUCCUGAAAGCUUCUCCCAAAAAAGCACUUGCUGCUAAGGGUGCUGCCGCAGCAGCUGCUGCAAAGGUGCCAGUGAAAAAGCUGGCCGCCGCAGGCAAGAAGGCUCCAGCCCAGAAGGUUCCUGCCCCGAAAGCUGCAGGCCAGAAGGCAGCACCUCCAAAGGCUCCGAAGGGGCAGAAAGCUCCACCGCAGAAAGCACCUGCCCCAAAGGCAUCUGGCAAAAAACCGUAAUGAAGGCACAGAGGCUGUUAAAUAAUAAAGGUUCUUUUUGACAUGC